UUUUUGUCUCCAGACUACUUAGGACAAAGAUGGUUUCCUGUGAAACACGAAACAAACUUAUCCAUCAAGUCAUUUCUUUCUGCUUCUUAGCAAUCUUGCUUCAUCCUACAACCUCCAGUGAUCUGUUUCGUGUUGGUCUCAAGAAGAGACGGCUCGAGCUCGAUGAUAUUCGAGCUAGCAGAGUGAUUAGGAAGCUGAAACAUUCACAACAUCUCACGAAUUACCCGUCUUUUGCUACUCUAGGAGGUGAUUCUAGUAACCAAGAUCAGGUGAUUCUUAAGAAUUACUUGGAUGCUCAAUACUACGGAGUUAUUGGAAUCGGAACACCUUCCCAAGAAUUCGAAGUUAUAUUCGAUACUGGAAGUUCUAACCUCUGGCUGGCUUGUUAUCUCCAUCCCAAGUACAAGUCUACCAAAUCCAAAACAUACAUCAAGAACGGAAAGACGUGUACGAUAACUUAUGGUUCGGGGUCGAUCUCUGGCUUCUUUAGUGAGGACAAUGUGAAAGUUGGUGAUCUUGUAGUUAAGAAUCAGGAGUUUAUUGAAGCUACACGCGAAGGAAGUCUCACUUUCCUCCUAGCAAAGUUCGAUGGACUACUCGGGUUAGGAUUUCAAGAGAUUUCAGUCGGAAAUGCGGUGCCAGUAUGGUACAACAUGGUUGAUCAAGGACUAGUGAGGGAAAAGGUUUUCUCAUUCUGGCUAAACCGUGAUACAGAAGCUGAAGUUGGAGGUGAGAUUGUAUUUGGCGGUGUUGAUCCCGCACACUUCAAAGGCAAACACACUUAUGUUCCUGUCACUAGAAAAGGUUAUUGGCAGUUUAACAUGGGAGAUAUCUUUGUCGGUAACAACUCAACUGGUUUUUGUGAGCAAGGUUGUGAUGCAAUCAUGGACUCAGGAACUUCACUACUUGCUGGACCAACUACUGUGAUCGCGCAAAUUAACCAUGCAAUCGGCGCUGAGGGCAUUGUUAGUGCGGAGUGCAAGGAUGUUGUUUCCCAAUACGGAGAAAUGAUAUGGGAUCUGUUAGUAUCAAAGGUGCUGCCUCGUCAAGUGUGUAAAGAGCUCGGUCUAUGCGUUUUCGGACAAGAGACCAUAAUAAAAACCGUGGGGGACAAAGAAAGAUCAUCAGUUUUAUGUGAAGUUUGUGAGAUGGCUGUUGUGUGGGUUCAAACAAAGCUGAAAGUGAAUGAAACCAAAGAGAAAGUGUUUGAAUACGUGAACCAGCUUUGUGAGAGACUUCCAAGUCCUGCGGGCGAGUCAAUUAUCAACUGCAAUAACAUCAAAAACAUGCCAAAUGUUACAUUCACAAUUGGAGACAACCCCUUCUCUCUCAGCCCUCAACAGUACAUUCUCAAAACUGGAGGAGGAUAUGCUGAAAUGUGCAUAAGUGGGUUUUCCGCUUUCGAUUUGCCUCCACCAACUGGUCCUCUUUGGAUUAUUGGGGAUGUCUUUAUGGGAGCCUACCAUACGGUAUUCGAUUCAGGCAAUCUUCAAAUCGGAAUCGCAGAAGCUACAUAAAUUUAUAUACACCGGUUUAUCUAUGUAUCAUUACCCGCAUAGGUACAUUGUGUGUAUCGAUGACUCCAUGUAAUGUCUCUAUCAGAACUUUCAAGAUAUAGUUCCUAAUGUUAUCAUAAUUUCAUCACUCUUUAAUAAUAUCAUCAAUCUUCC